GCCGCCGCAGCCGCCGGGGCCGGGGAUGGUGGCGGGGGCGGCCGGAGCGGGGCGGCGGCUCCGGGCAGAGCCCUGACGGAGCUCCACCAUGAGCGUGAGGCCUCCGCAGGCCCCGGACAGGUUGAGCGGCCUCUCCUCGGCCCUGGGCGAUUCCCCCUCGGAGCGAAGGUCCCCCGGCCACCACCGGCAGCCCUCGGACACCUCGGAAUCCACAGGGCUGGUGCAGCGCUGUGUGAUCAUCCAGCGGGACCAGCAUGGCUUCGGCUUCACCGUCAGCGGCGACCGCGUCGUGCUCGUGCAGUCCGUGCGGCCAGGUGGGGCUGCCAUGAGGGCGGGCGUGCAGGAGGGCGACCGCAUCCUCAAGGUGAACGGGACGAUGGUGGCCAACAGCUCCCACCUGGAGGUGGUGAAGUUGAUCAAGUCCGGUGCCUACGUGGCCCUGACCCUGCUGGGAUCCCCCCCCGGCUCCGUGGGAAUUCCGGGAUCCCAGCAGGAGCCGGAGCCCUCGGGGGGUCCCCAGGGGCCCCCCCAGCGCAUCACGGAGCCCAGGCCCCUCCAGGACCCCGAGGUGCGGAAGCACGCGGCGCAGAUCCUGCGGAACAUGCUGCGCCAGGAGGAGGCCGAGCUCCAGCGCUGCCAGGCGCUGCUGCAGCGGCAGCCGGGCGCGGCCGUGGAGGAGCAGCUGGAGGCGGCGCGGCGGCGCCUGGGCCAGCUGCAGCUCAAGGUGCAGCAGGAGGCGCGCGGAGCCGCGGCUCUGGGGGCCCGGCCCGUGGAAGGGGAAUUCCUCCGGAGCCGGGCGGGGCCGGGCUCGGGAUCCCCGCAGCUCCCGGGGCGCUGCCCCCGGGAUCCCCGGGAUGCGGAUCCGGAAUCCGGCCCCGAGCGCGUCCCGGCCCCCGCAGAGGUAUCCCGAAAUUCCGGCUUUUCCGAGCCCGGCAGCCCCCGGAGCUCCCCCGUGCUCGGCUCCCGCCUCUCGGAUCCGGGAUCGGCGAGGCCCCAAAUCAUCGGCCCCGAGGAGGAUUGUGAGCCUGGGAGCGUCAGCAACGAGAGCGAUUCCGUGUUCCAGGAUUUGGGAAUUCUCAAAUCCCGCCCGGCCCAUUUGGCAGUUUUCCUGAGGUUCCUCUUCUCCCAGGCCGAUCCCACUCCUCUGCUGUUCCACCUGUGCUCCGAGGUUUGCUGCCAGCUGAGCAAUCCCAGGGAUUCCCGAGCCUUGGGAAGGAACAUCUGGAACAUUUUCCUGGACAGGAGCGCGCCCCUGCGGGUGAAGGUGUCGGAGCAGCUCCUGGCUGAGAUCGAGCUCCGCCUCCGGAACGGCGACGAGCUGCGGCCGGCCCUGCUGGAGGCGCAGGAAUUCCUUCUCCCGGAAAUCCAGGAGCAGCUCCAGGACUACAGGGCCAAGCGCACGCUGGGGCUGGGCGGCCUCUACGGAGAGAACGAGCUGCAGCAGCUGGAAAAACAGCUGGAAAAACAGCUGGAAAAACAGCUGGAAAAACAGCUGGAAAAACAGCGGGAACAGCCGGAGCCGCCGGAACGCCGGGAAUGCCGGGAGCGGGAACGGGCGGCGGCCGAGCGGCAGCUGGGGCACCUCAUGGACAUCCUCUCCAAGUACGAGGAGGAGCGGAGCUCCCCCAUGGCCUUCGCCCUCAGCACCUACAUGGCCCACGCCGGGAUCCGGCCCCAGGAAUUCCGGGAAUUCCGGGAAUUCCGGAACCCCGGAGCCUCCGAGAAGAUCCCGGACAAGGACAAGUGGCUGCCCUUCUUCCCCAAGGCCAAAAAGCAGAGCAGCAGCUCCAGGAAGGAGAAGGAGAAGGAGAAGGAGCAGAGGCAGAACCCGAUCCUGCGAUACAUCGGGAAGCCGCGGAGCUCCUCGCAGAGCACAUUUCAUGUCCCCCUGUCCCCCGCCGAAGCAGUGAAGCCGGGGAACGUGCGGACCAUGAUCCAGCACUUUGAGAACGGGCACGGGGAGCCCGCGGAGCCGGGGCCGCAGCGCCUCUCCACCGGCAGCAUUCCCGAGGAGCUGCUGGAGCCCGGCAGCAGCUGCCGGGCCGAGGUGCGCCUGGGCCGCUCGGAGUCGCUGAAGGGGCGGGAGGAGCUGCGGCGCUCGCGGCGCCCCGAGCCGGUGCCGCGAUCCCGCAGCGACGUGGACAUGGACACCGGGAACGCCGGGAGCGCCGGGAGCACCGGGAGCGAAACCCCCCGGCUGCACUCGGCCUCCUCCUCCGCCUCCAGCCUCUCCAACAGAUCCCUGGAAAAUCCCACCCCCCCCUACACGCCAAAGAUGGGGCGCAGGAGCGUGGAUUCUCCCAGCCUGGGCCUCGGGGCCGAUCCCUUCCUCCCGCACCUCCUGGAGGACGAGCAGGGCCCCGGCCCCGACCUGGAGCCGGAUCCCGAAUCCCAAAACCCCCAAAAUUCCCAGCCCAAUUCCCAGGGCUGGCAGCAGAAUUCCCCCGGUUCCCAGAGCUGGCAGCACUCGGUGAGCCGGGAGCUCCUGGCCAGCCUGUCCCAGCGGGAGGUGGAUCGGCAGGAGGUCAUCAACGAGCUGUUUGUCACCGAGCUGUCCCACCUGCGCAUCCUGCGCGUGCUGGACUCGCUGUUCCUGCAGCGCCUGCGCCGGGAGCAGCUCCUGAGCCGCGAGGAGCUGGGGCUGCUCUUCCCCAACCUGCCCGACCUCAUCGACGUGCACAGUUCCCUGUGGGAAUCCAUGCGGAGGCUCCGGGAGGAGCAGGGCCCCAUCAUCGGCGACAUCGGCGACCUCAUGCUGGCCCGGUUCGAGGGCGCGGCCAAGGAGCGGUUCCAGCGCGUGGCCGCCGCCUUCUGCUCCUCGCAGUCCAUCGCGCUGGAGCUGAUCCGCACCAAGCAGCGCAAGGAGAGCCGCUUCCAGCUCUUCAUGCAGGAGGCCGAGAGCCACCCGCAGUGCCGGCGGCUGCAGCUGAAGGACCUGCUGGUCGCCGAGAUGCAGCGCCUCACCAAGUACCCGCUGCUGCUGGAGAACGUCCUCAAGUGCACCCCGGCGGGCUCCCCGGAGCAGGAGAAGCUGCUGCGGGCGCGGGAGCGCAGCCGCGCCGUGCUGCGGGCGGUGAACGAGGCCGUGCGGCGCGCCGAGAACCGGCAGCGCCUGCAGCAGCACCAGCGGCGCCUGGACACGUCGGCGCUGGAGAGAACCAGCAACCCCCUGGCGGCGCAGUUCCGGAACCUGGACCUGACCUCGCACCGGAUGAUCCACGAGGGACCCCUGGCCUGGAGAGUGGGAAAGGACAAAAGCGUGGAGCUGCACGUGCUGCUGCUGGAGGAGCUGCUGGUGCUGCUGCAGCGCCAGGACGAGCGCUGGCUGCUCAAGUGCCACAGCCGGGCCGGCCUGGCCGCCGACACCAAGCAGAGCUUCAGCCCCGUGCUCAAGCUCAGCUCGCUGCUCGUGCGCUCCGUGGCCACAGACAAGCGCGCCCUGUUCAUCAUCUGCACCUCGGAGCUGGGACCCCAGAUCUACGAGCUGGUGGCGCUGACGCCCUCGGAGAAGAACACGUGGAUGCAGCUGCUGGAGCAGGCUGUCCAAGGGGCCACCAGGAGCCUCCCUGGGCCACCAAAACGGGAAGAGAGCGAGGCCAGCGGGAACGGAGCCUCCGGGCUGCUGCUGCCGGACCCCGCCGUGUCCCCGGAGCUGGCCCGGGACACCGAGCCCGAGGAUUGUUCCUCAGCUGGCAGUGACCCCGAGCCCUCGGGAAGGGCCCGACCCCUGCAGGAGCUGCUGGAGGAGCCGCGAGGGGCCGGGACCGGGGACCCCGACCCCGACCCCGACCUGGGGGACCCCGACCCCAUCCCGGGGAUCCCCAAUUCCCUGGGAAGCGCCGGAGUGGCCGAGGCAGCGCUGGAGGAUUUGGAGACCCUGCGGCUCCUGAUUGUCCGGAGGCUCCGGCCGGGCCGGGACCCCGAGCCCGAGGACGCCGCCACCCCCCACGCCCGCGGCGGCCGCAGCGGCCUCCGGCCAUCCCGGCGUGUCCAGCUGGGAAUUCCCCACGUCCGGCCCGGGAUUCGGCCACGUCCAGCCGGGAUUCCAGGAUGUCCAGCCAGGAUUCGGCCACGUCCCGGCCAGGAAUCCGGGAUAUCCAGCUGGGAAUUCUCGAUGUCCGGCCGGGAAUUCCCAAUGUCCAGCCAGGAUUCGGCCACGUCCGGCCGGGACUUCUCAGUGUCCAGCCAGGAUUCGGUGAUGUCCGGCCGGGAAUUCCCAAAGUCCAGUCGGGAAUUCCAAAUGUCCAGUCGGGAAUUCCCGAUGUCCGACCAGGAAGGGCCGGAGGGGCCGGAGCCCAACGGGAUCCGAAUCAACCGGAAAGCCCAGGAGGAGGGGCCGGAUGAGGCCACGCCCCCACGCGGCUGCAGCCAAUCAGAGCCCGAGCUGUGGGAAGGAGGCGGAGCCAGCGCUGAGGGGAAUUUCUUCUACCUGAGCCUCCCCAGGGGCCCCCCCCGGCCGGGAGGGGACGCCGGGGACAGCGCCGGGGACAGCGCCGGGGACAGCGCCGGGGACAGCCGGGACCCCCGCGGGGACAGCCGGGACCCCCAUGGGGACAGCCGGGACCCCCACGGGGACAGCCGGGACCCCCAUGGGGACAGCCGGGACCCCCGCGGGGACGUCGGGGACACGGAGCUGAUCCUGGGCACCCUGGAGGAGCUGCGGGGCAAACUGCUGAGGCUCAGGGUCCUGGAAAUCGCUCACUGGCAGCUGCUGCACUCGCUGCGGGGAGGCGACGCCACCGUCCCCAACACCGUCCCCAACAACGUCCCCAACACCGUCCCCAACACCGUCCCCGGGCGGGCCCCGCCGCCCCCCAGCCCCCGCAGCGCACCCCAGGCCCCGCGGGGACACGGUGGCACCGGCACCCACGGCGGCACCAGCACCCAUGGUGGCACUGCCACCCACAGUGGCACCGGCACCCACAGUGGCACCGGCACCCAUGGUGGCACUGCCACCCACAGUGGCACCGUCACCCACGGUGGCAAUGUCACCCACGGUGGCACUGUCACCCACAGUGGCACCGUCACCCACGGUGGCAAUGUCACCCACAGUGGCGCUGCCACCCACAGUGGCGCUGCCACCCGCGCUGGCAGCGCCGCCCAGGGCACAGGCUCCGGCGCCCCCGCCCACCUUUAACCCGGGAGGGGGGGGAUGGGCUGGAAUUUCCCUCCCCUCCCCCAAACCCCCCCGGAAGAUUUUCCAGGGAAUUCCGGCCGGGAGCUGCCCCCGGACAGCCGGACAGACGGACAAAUGCACUUUGUUGGCAAUUCCCCCUUUUCCCCCCCAAAAAAAAUCCUAUAAAUAUGUACGUACGCCCCUCCCCCACGCUGUAAAUACCCCCGGGUGUCCCCUCCCCCCCCCCGUGUGACAAUCGGGGGUGACACGGUGACAAUCGGGGGGUGGCACCCCCAAAAUCCCGGGAUUUCCCCCCAAAAGUCCGGGUUUUCCCCCCAGAAUCCCGGAUUUGCCCCAAAUCCCGGGUUUUCCCCCCAGAAUCCCGGGGUUCCCGAUAUAAAUAUUAUAAAUAACAGAGCCCGGGGGGCGCUGGAAGCUGGGAAGAA